AUGCGUUUUCUGGUGAUCUAUAUCGCUGAAGCGCAUGCUCGUGACCAAUGGCCUGUUGGCAACACUAUAUCAUCUGUGAAUCAGCCAACAGAGCUUGAUCAACGACUUGAGAAUGCUCGACGAUCUAAAAAGGAUUUGAAGUUUGAAAUGCCAAUGCUCGUCGACAACAUGGAUAACAGUUUUCAUGAGACAUAUGGUUCUUGGCCGUUUCGCUUCUAUGCAAUCUAUGAUGGAAGAUUGGUCAUGAAGCCUGAACCAGACAAGGACAUGUACACUUAUAAUUUAAAUGAACUCGAGAAAUGGGUUACUAAUUUCUAUGCUUAA